AAAUCGGAGGUGUAUCAGCGUGCCCGUAUUGUUGGCUCACUGGAAUGUCAGUAUUAACCGAAUAUUGCUUAGGAGUGUAUAUGUGUUGCGUGCAAUAAGCAAGCGCCGAGACAUGGCAUUCGUUCUGCAUUAGCAUGGCUUUGCAGUUGGUUAUUGAAUCAGCAUGGGGGACACCAGCGACAAGCUACCGGAGAUUGAGAAGUCGUCCUCGAAGGACUAUUCGACGCAGAGAUAUGGUGGCGAGGACAAAGCCAUGGCCGAGCUUUUGGAGAAGAACCAGCAGCUUGAAAAGCAAAAGGCCGAUCUGCUUGCGCUCAUCAAGAAACAAAUGAAGUUGAUUGACAUAUUGAAGAAGCAGAAGAUCCACUUGGAGUCCACAAGGAUCAUACAGUUCACAGAAGACGAAUUGAUACACCUCUUCGGGAUAGAUAAGAAGGACCAAAAUCUGUAGAACAUAGGGCGCUGCGCAGUUUUACAGGCAAAUCAAUGUGUACACUUGUGCAAUAGGCAUGUAGACCAGGGACCAGAUAUUUGCAAUCGAUUGCGAGUAUUGUAGGGAGGUUCCAAAAGCAGGAAAAACACUGCUUGUUGCUUUGAUGUUAAUACCUUUACGUGUGCUGCUCUUAGCCUCUUCAAUAGAUAGACCUCGCUGGAAACGACUUGGGCCCACACACAAGUAUGAGGAAUCUGGAUGUCUUGCUCCAAAGUGCAGCCUUGCAGCAACCAUGAAGUCUGUGUAGACUAUUCGUUAGAAAGAAAACUUCCGUGGAAGUUUGGAUACAUCAUAAGACUGUGAUAUGUUACAACAGAAACACACCUCGGUGUUGCUAAAAAUUUCUUGUACCUAGCUAUGUUUCACAUUGGCGUGGCAGAUGUUCAGGAAAAGUGCCGAGUUUUAAGAACAAAUUUUCCUUGGAGUUUUCAUCUUUAUAAUUUAUGGACAUUGUGUUCAUGAGGGAUUACAUUUGCCGAUGAAACAAGUAGAAACAAUACAAAGUGCUUUCAAAUUUAACUAUAGUAUAUUGAUCAUCUACAACCUUCCCAUGGUCUUACAUCUAAAUGGAAAAUUCUCAUACACCAGGACAAAAUGUACAACAGCUGAAACAAUUUUAAGCUCAUAUAAUUGGCAGUCUCACCUGCUUUCCAGACUAAACAGAGAUGCAUAGGUUUCAUGUGUAACGAUUACGAAAUAAUUACAAAUAGUAACUUGUAACAGGCCCUAUUGUAAUAAGGAGGUUGAUAGGUGCCAAUCAGGAAAGCAGGUAACUCUUGUUCGUUCACAAAGCAGGGCUUAGAUUCUUGCUUGGCACAAAAGAAGAAACAUCAUCUGUGAAGAAAGAACAUCAGAUAAAAUAUUGAAAGGUUGCAAUGUCUCGAAGCAAUUGACAGGAUAUAAAAGGAGUCCACAGUAUUGGGACGAAAUUUCUACUACGAAGGCCUUUUUCAGGGGACACUAGACCAUGAAGGUAUUCUUGUAAAAACUAUUUUAAAUAAUUUCACUGUAACAGAUUGACUAUCAAAGAGGAAGAUGAAUGUUAAAUUUCCAACUUUUCAAUUCUAAGACACUAUGUUGGCGUGACAUCAUGGACUUGAAUACAUCUUUUCCAGUUUGGGUGGUCGUGGGUCAGUAUACAUUCUUGAUGCUUUCCUAGUGUUUUGCUUUUUGUUUCCCUGAAAGAUUGCUGUGAAUACUGCCGACAAAAAAAAAAACUAACAAGGCGCGAGAAGAUGCCGUCAGAACUUGUGUUAUCGGGGCGAGCUACAGCAGAAACUUCAAGGUGGCAUCACCACCUGUUUUUUUUAAUUCCAGAGUUUUUUUUUUUCUAGCAGUCCUAGCAUCAUGAUAAGAGCGGCUUUUUUGGUAUUGAGGUAUCUGGAAAAAAUUCAGCGGCAAUUCAGGGGUACAUGCGAGGAAAAUUAGUCGGCAUUACCUUUAAUUGUUUGCGCUUUGCCAAUAAGUGAUUUUCUGUCUGCAAUUGACAUGUGAUGUUGUCGCCACUCUUGCCAUAGCCCAUGACGGGCUGCAAUAUGUAGAAAUGAAUAAAAUAAAUAAAACUACCUCUAAUUACCAUGACUUAUCUUGAUAGCCAGCACUAGUUAGCAGCGGUGGUGUCGUGUGAGCAAAUAGGCAGGC